ACCUGACUUGUUCAUACAUUUUUGACAAUUUUUGUACAUUUUCCAUUUCAGUUAAAAAAAAAUAGCCAAUCUGAUUCAAUUCGUAUUUUAAUUUUUUUUUUUUUGUAAUAAUAUUUGCCUUAUAUGAAUGGCUGUAUCGAUGUUGAUGAUGUAUAUGCAUAACUGUGCGCAGUACGUAAGUGUAUAUAGUGCAAUACGGCUUUUUUUAUGUUUGCCUGGGUGUAAAUGUAGAUAUAAAUACAAAUGUAAAUACAAAUGUAAAUACAAAUGUAAAUACAAAUGUAAAUAUUAAUGUAAAAAUAGAUAUAAAUAUACAUAAAUAUAUAUACAUUACAUGUACAUAUUUAAGAAGUGUUACAGAGCCGCCGCCCCACGUGUUUGUAUGCAUGUUGUAUGUGCCUUAUAUGCUUAUGUACGUGCGCGCGUAUAUGUAUAUAUAGUCUCCACAUCCAUACAUGCAUACGUAUAAUGAAUAGCGUUAUUAAAAAGAAAAAAUUGCUUUCAUGCUGCUCACCUUUGUUUGUGCCAGUAAAAAUGGCAUGUCUGCGGAAACAACCUGUCAUGUACCUGUGCACAAGUGUACCGCCUGCAUGUGUAUAUACAUGUGUAUGCAUAUAUUAUAUAUAUAUAGUACCUAUACAGUACAUAUGCAGUACAUAUAUACGUAUAUAUAUAGUUAUGCUUAUGCGUAUACAUAUGGGGCACUUGUGCGCUCCCACCCCCGCAACUCACAUGCGCCGCGUGCAUAGCUGCUAUGCAGGCGCCGAUGUUUACGUUGAUGUUUAUGUAAAUUUGUCUUCCCAUUUGCUGCAUCAUUGCAAGUGUUACGCGUGCGCGCAUAAAUAGGCUUACGUGUUCACAAAAUAUAAAAAAACAUUUGUGAAAAUAGCUUUUUUUUUUCAUAUAUAUAUAUUAAAAAAAAAAAAAAAACUCAACCAAUUUGUUCAUAUAAAAAAGUGAAAAAAAAAAAAUAUAAUAACUUUCUACUCCGUUUGGUUUCCACGCCAGAAGGAUGUGAUGGCUCACUAUUGCGAAAGCGGUCGACCCGCGUGUGGGAGCAGCGGACCGAACGGACGUAAGAGGAUUUGUUAUUCCUUUUUGGGGUACGUCAAUUGUUGAGAGAAGGCAAAAAGGUGGCAGACGGGUAGGUAGGUUGACACGCAUCACUUUGUCUGGGCCCACCACCAAAUAGUGUGCAGCUCUCAGUGAACAACAUCUCACCAGGGUGAAUCACCCUACCGACUGUGCCACCCAUGUAGGACGCAUCAUCACGUAGGUGUGCUCACGAGUACUCAACGGAUAUGCCUAUUUGCUCCUCAUAUAUCUUUUCCUUUGCAAAAAUUGGCCUGCCAGCGAUUAUCGAAUAGAUGGGGGGCACCCAGCCGAGCCCUCUCAGCAUCUAAAAAAAAAGGAACCCUUUCUCCAUCUCAAGUUAAUUUCCCCGUUCGAACUUUCAAAUUGGGUGAUACAAACGGGAUGGUGCACAUUGGAGGUGCUGUUUCUGUCGGAUGGGCGAUACACUUUUCACUUCUACUGCAAUGUUAGGGACAUGGUGCAACUGGGGAGUAGCCCCUAAAUGAAAGGUAUCAACCAAGAGGGGUAAACAUGUUAAACCACGUGAAGGGCUUUGUACGUGCGUUUGGAUAGGCCCUUGCGUGGGGAGACUCAUCUCGGGGGUAUAGCAGGGCGAUCGAAGAAAAGAGGAGUGCGUAAAGUUUGCAUACUUCAGAAGGCCCAACUUAGGGGAAGCAAAUCUAACCGUGGCACAAAAGAACAGCAAAUUAAAUUAGAAAUAUAAUAAUUUUGCCAGCGAAAAAAAAAAAAAAAAAAAACGCCAACAAAAUGAUUCUAUGCACAACUGAGAAAGUGCAAAGUUAGAGCUGCGCUGUAUCACGCUUCUUUUUUUUUUUUCCAGCCCUGCGUAGAAUUAUCCCUGAAGACCUGCGGCUGCAACGUAUGAGCCUAUCGAUAAGCGCCGCGCGGUACACAGAGAGUUGUACUUACACAAAGUGACAGAGCUGACCAGCCAAUGGCGCCGUCCGAGCUGCACAAACUGAGCUACUGGGAGGAAGUGUAUCAAGGCGAGAAGGAAAACUACGAGGAGGAGAACAUCCAGCCGGAGGAAUGGUUCGAAGAAAACUGCGACAAAAUUAUAAACUGGGUGAGCAAUCACUUUAAUGAUGAAGAAAAAAAAAAAAAAGUGGCCAUCCUUGACGUCGGGUGCGGAAACGGGCUAUUCCUGUACAAGCUGCGUCAAAGGGGCUUCCGCAAUUUGUGCGGCUUCGAUUUUUCCGCGAGCGCCAUUCAGUUGGCUGAGAAGCUCUUCGGGGGGAGCGGCGGGGGAAACGGCGAGGAGAGCGGUGGGGGAAAUCACACGGACAGCCGCAUAAAUCGUGGCGAAGACCCCACCGACGUCUACGUGCAAGUGCUAGAUAUUUACAACAUCGCGGACCAAGUUGGGGAGCACUCAAAGCUGAAGAGAAAAUACAAACUGAUAAACGACAAAGGAACGUUUGAUAUAUUUUUUAUGAAUGACAAGGCAAAGGAAUAUUUCUCGCAUGUAUCUUUUUUUUUCCAAGCGGAUACCCUCUUUUGCCUCACAUCGUGUAAUGCCUGCAAGGAGGAGUUACUAACCAUCGUGGGCAAUUUUAACAGGACAAGUGCGAAAUCUCAGCUGACCCUUUUUGAUGAGAUACGUUACGAAACCAUCACCUUUGGGGGGGUGAAAGGGCAGAUCAUCACCACUUUGAUUUUUGCGUGUUCGUAG